AUGCGAUAUUCACUCAGCUAUUUAGCCUUUAUAUUGGCGUUGACACCGACCGUUAUAGCCACUCCAGCCGGGCAAGGCCUCCAGCCGCGACGUGGAAAAGAUGAGCCCACAGAUCCGAAUGACCGGAAAUCCGACAGAAUGCCAGAAUCCCCGGUUAAAUUUGAUAAGAACAGCAAUCCGGUUGACCGGACGCCCGACAGAAGUCCAAGAUUCACGUCUGAUAAGAACAAGCACAAAAAUCCAGUUGACUGGACGCCCGACAGAAUUCCAAAAUCCACGUCUGACUCCGAACCCAAGUGCACUACUUACCCGGUCGUACAAUCCAUCCUCGCAGCCGCCAGCUCCUAG